AUGAGUACUGAGAAGGUAGCAACAGUGUCUGGUGGUGUGGAUCCAAUCACAUCCGUUCACAGUACUGGAAGUCACUUGGAUGCACAAGACCAUGAAGUCAAUUUAGAUGCUGUUUUGUCCAAUCCAUUGUCCUUGGGUGAAGUUGGUACCACUUUAACUGACGCUCAAAAGAUUUUUGUUAUGAAGCGGUUGCAUUUUGACUCAUUGACUAGCUUUGAUGAAUUACCACCUGAGUGUACUUUUAUAUUUGAAAAGAUUGAGCAAAUGUCGACCGAAGAAGCUGUUGAAAUUUUAAAACAAGCCAUAAAAGACCACAAGAAUGAUGUUAACAUCAAGGAACACGAUUUGGAAUUAUGGCAAGAGUUGGUUGACUACCAACCAUCAAUCUUGCAUCAGCAAUUACAAGGAGGAGAGAAAACAGAGUCAUUCUCUGAUGACCAUAAAAAGGACAAACUUCCCGAGUACACAUCAGUAAUCGAAGCAAGUGAAGUUGAUUCUAUUGACCCUUCAACUGGUAAGCCUGAAAUUGUUGACUGGAGUCUACAAGUUAGAUUGGAAGCUGUAUUGAUUGCUUAUUGGGCGCCAUAUCCGGAAAUUAGAGCAAUCACUCUUCCAUUUGAUGACCCAACUAUCCCUGCUGAAACAUUUAGAGUUUAUCUCAUUGGUAUCAUUUGGACUGCUAUUGGAGCUGUUAUUAACCAAUUUUUCACCGAAAGACAACCUGCAAUUUCACUUGCUGUUGCUGUUGUUCAAAUCUUUUUAUAUCCUAGCGGUUUACUUUGUGAAUGGAUCUUACCUAAAUGGAAAAUUAAACUUUGGAAGAAUUGGGUCAUUGACUUAAAUCCUGGACCAUAUACUUAUAAAGAGCAGAUGUUGGCCACUAUAUUUUGUUCGGUUUCAGGUGGUGGUACGUCAUAUGUAUCAUCCAACAUCUUGAUGCAGAAAUUAGAAAUGUUUUACGACAACAAAUGGGUUGACUUUGGUUACCAAGUAUUGUUGAUCUUGUCAACAAACUUCAUGGGUAUUGGGUUAGCGGGAUUAAUCCGUAAGUUUGCAGUUUAUCCUGUCCAAGCAGUGUGGCCAAUUAUCUUGCCAGGCAUUGCCUUAAAUAAAACUUUAUUGACCAAGUCAAAGAAGCAAAACAUCAAUGGAUGGAAGAUUUCAGGAUACUCAUUCUUUUUCAUUGUUUUUGCUGCAUCAUUUCUUUACUUUUGGGUUCCUAACUACUUGUUCCAAGCAUUAUCUUAUUUUUCGUGGUUAGCAUGGAUCAAGCCUGAUAACCAAAACCUUGCUGUGGUCACUGGUUUCAUUGGUGGAUUAGGACUCAAUCCAAUCCCCACCUUUGAUUGGAAUAUGAUUAGUUUGAACAGUCCAUUGAAAGUGCCUUUCUAUAACCAAACCAAUUUAAUCACUGGUAUGUUUAUUGGGUUCUUUACUAUUCUCGGUCUUUGGUAUUCAAACUACAAGUGGACGGGAUAUAUGCCCAUCAAUUCGAAUGUUAUUCACACAAACACCGGUGAAAGUUACAGUGUUAGGGCUGUGGUUAAUGAUAAAAGUUUGUUUGAUAACGAAAAGUAUCAGGAAAUUGGCCCUCCAUUUUAUUCUGCUGCAAACUUGUUUGUUUACGGGGCAUUUUUUGCGAUCUAUCCAUUCCACUUUGUUUAUGAGUUUGGUAUGCAGUACAAACAAAUGUGGCACGCAUUGAAAGGGUUGGGUUCAGCACUUAGAAACUUUAGGGAAUCAACUUAUGAAGGGUUCAAUGAUCCACACAGUGUCAUGAUGAAAGUUUACCCAGAAGUACCUGAAUGGGCGUAUAUGUGCAUUUUGGUCAUCUCAAUCGUUUUGGCCAUAUUGUGUGUCAAAGUGUAUCCAGCUGAAACUCCAGUUUGGGGUAUCUUUUUUGCUUUGGGUAUCAAUUUUGUCUUUUUGAUUCCAUUGACUACUGUUGCAGCUAGAACUGGAUUUUCGUUUGGUUUGAAUGUCUUGGUUGAGUUGAUUGUUGGUUAUGCCAUUCCAGGUAAUGGUUUGGCAUUAGCAUUCAUCAAAGCUUUAGGUUACAACAUUGAUGGACAAGCUCAAAAUUUUGUCAACGAUUUGAAACAAGGUCACUAUGCCAAACUUCCACCACGUGCAACCUACAGAGUCCAAUUGCUUUCAAUUUUAGUUGCUUCGUUUAUCCAAUUGGCUAUUUUGAACUUCCAAAUCACUGGUAUUAAGAACUAUUGCGAACCAGACAAUAAACAAAAGUUUACAUGCGUUAACGGUCGGACAUUCUACAACGCUUCUGUCCUUUGGGGUGUUAUUGGUCCAAAGAAAGUUUUUGGUCACUUGUAUCCAAUUUUGCAAUGGUGUUUUUUGAUUGGAUUUUUGUUGGCGUUCCCAUGUAUCGCUUUAAAGAGAUGGGGUCCAAAAAAGUUGGUAAAGACAUUCGAGCCCACAAUUGUUAUUGGAGGUAUGUUAAACUACGCACCUUAUAACUUAUCUUAUUUCAUUCCUGGUGUUUACGUAUCCUUGGCUUUCAUGUGGUAUAUCAGGGGCAAAUACGAGGCAUGGUGGCAAAAAUACAAUUAUUUACUUUCGUGUGGAUUGGACGCUGGUGUUGCCUUUUCAUCAAUCAUCAUUUUCUUUGCUGUCAUGUAUCACGAGAAGGACAUCAACUGGUGGGGUAAUACUGUCAUGUAUAAUGGUUACGAUGGUGGUAUGACAGGUUGGUUAAACGCUACUGAACUGGCUCCUGAUGGAUACUUUGGUCCAAGAAAGGGGCAUUAUCCUUGA